AUGGAUAUUCGGGCCAAGCUUACCCCCCCAGAUCCAUACGCACAGCAAAGUCCCGCGCAACCAGGCUUUGAACAAGAAGCGACAUCUCCCUCACAAGCUGGACCUCCAGGAGCAGAUGCAGGAAAGAAGAAGAAGAGGGGUUAUGCGACACAAGCUUAUGAUUUCGGACAAGGUGCGAAUUCGGCUCUAGGAGGACAAACACAAGGCGGUGCUCAAUUCCAACCUGCACAAGCACCUGCUGCAUAUGGCGGUUAUCAAGCACAGCCUGAACCCGUAGCUGCAUAUGGAGCUCCACAGGGUGGCAUGGCUGCGGCUCCUCAAGGGGGUUUUGCUCAACCGCAGUAUGGCGGCGGCCCAGGUGCGCCUAUUUCUCCUGGCAUAGCGGGCAUUACACAGGGAAUGGGACAAUUGGGAACGGGUGGACCACAACAACCUAUUGCAGCUCAGGCUCGUCCUGGUGCUCCGGCUCAGGUUGCUUUGAAUCAGCUUUAUGCCACGGAUCUCACCAGCCAACCUUUCAAUGUUGCAGAGUUAGAUUUACCUCCUCCUCCGAUCAUUUUACCUCCAAAUACAAGUGUUACCCCUUCCCUCAAUGCGAAUUGUCCACCGAAAUAUGUUAGAUCGACUUUGAAUGCCAUUCCGACUACCAAUUCUCUCCUCAAGAAAUCGAAGCUUCCUUUCGCAUUAGUCAUACAACCAUAUACUUCAUUGCACGAUAUCGACGAUCCUGUGCCAGUUGUUCAAGAUCAAGUUAUUUCACGUUGUAGAAGAUGUCGUUCCUACAUCAACCCAUAUGUGUCAUUCCUCGAUCAUGGCCACAGAUGGAGAUGUAAUAUGUGUAACCUCACAAACGAUGUCCCACAAGCUUUCGACUGGGAUGCAGCUGCACAACAGAGUGUUGAUCGAUGGCAACGACCGGAGCUCAAUCAUGCAGUUGUGGAAUUUGUUGCACCACAGGAAUACAUGGUUAGACCUCCACAACCGCUUGUCUAUCUCUUCUUGUUCGAUGUCAGUUUUGCUUCUGUAUCUUGUGGCCUGUUAGCUACGAGUGCUAGAACUAUUCUCGACAGUCUUAACAGGAUACCAAAUGCGGAUCGAAGAACUCGAGUUGGGUUUAUGGCUGUAGACUCCAGCUUACAUUACUUCCAAGUUCCAAAAGACACAGAUGAAAAUGGAGAGACGAAUAUGCUUGUAGUCAGCGACUUGGAUGAACCUUUCCUUCCGGUCCCUCAAGAGCUAUUGGUUCCAUUAUCUGAGUGCAGGUUGAAUGUUGAGAAAUUCCUGACGACUCUUCCUCAAAUGUUCCAGACCAAUACAAACAACGGAUCAUGUAUGGGAUCAGCUCUCCGUGCUGGCCAUAAGCUGAUCUCGCCUCUUGGUGGAAAGAUUGUGGUCAUCACUGCCUCAUUACCUAAUGUCGGAUAUGGCAAAUUAGAGAUGCGUGAGGAUAAGAAGUUGUUGGGUACCUCGAAGGAGAGUGGCCUGUUACAGACAGCCAGCAGCUUCUACAAGAGUUUUGCGGUAGAAUGUUCGAAGAACCAAGUUUCUAUCGACAUGUUCUUAUUCUCAUCGCAAUAUCAGGAUGUUGCUUCCCUUAGCAAUCUUCCAAGAUACACUGGUGGACAAACCUACUUCUACCCCGGAUGGAACGCCGGGAGAAGCGAGGAUGCUAUCAAAUUCGCCACAGAGUUCAGUGAUUACCUUUCUGCUGAGAUUGGUCUCGAGGCUGUGUUACGUGUUCGUGCUACCACUGGUCUCCGAAUGAGCACUUUCUACGGUAAUUUCUUCAACCGAAGUUCGGAUCUCUGUGCCUUUCCGGCUUUCCCUCGUGACCAGAGCUAUGUUGUUGAAGUCGCCAUCGAUGAGUCUCUUACGAAGUCUUUUGUCUGCAUGCAAACUGCCGUCUUGCAUACUACAAGUAAUGGGGAACGUCGUAUUAGAGUCAUGACUUUGACAUUGCCUACCACAACUACUCUCCAAGAUGUUUACGCAUCGGCCGAUCAAUGUGCAAUUACUACUUACUUCAGUCACAAGGCUGUCGAGCGUGCAUUGAGUGGCGGACUUGAACCUGCACGUGAAGCCCUUCAAUCCAAAUUGAUUGAGCUUCUUCAAACGUUCAAGAAGGAGCUUGCGGGUGGAAACAUGGGUGGCGGUGGGCUUCAAUUCCCAGCAAAUCUCCGCGGAUUACCCGUUUUAUUUCUUGGUCUUAUCAAGAAUGUUGGACUUCGAAAAUCGGCUCAAAUUCCUUCGGAUCUGAGAUCUGCGGCUCUUUGCCAAUUGUCUACACUCCCUCUUCCGCUCUUGAUGCAAUACAUCUACCCACGCCUUUACUCAUUACAUGACAUGCCCGACAAUGCCGGUAUCCCCGACCCUGAAACAAAUCAAAUCGUCCUUCCACCUCCUAUGAACCUUUCCUCGGAACGUCUCGUCCCAUUCGGUCUCUACCUCAUCGACGAUGGCCAAACACAAUUCCUCUGGGUAGGACGCGAUGCCGUUCCACAACUUCUCGCUGAUGUCUUUGAUAUUGCUGAUCGAUCGAAACUCAAGGUUGGGAAAUCAACUCUACCGGAACUGGAUAAUGAUUUCAGUGAGAGAGUCAGAAAUGUGUUCCAGAAGGCGAGAGAUUAUAGGAGCAGAGGCGUAGGUAGUAUUGUGGUGCCACAUUUGUACGUUGUGCGCGAGGAUGGUGAACCAAGUCUGAAGUUGUGGGCUCAGACGCUAUUGGUGGAGGAUAGGGCGGAUCAGGGAAUGAGCUUUCAGCAGUGGAUGGGGGUGAUGAGGGAUAAGGUUAGUUCUUAA